AUGUGUGACGACGACGAGACUACCGCUCUUGUGUGCGACAACGGCUCUGGCCUUGUGAAGGCUGGCUUCGCCGGUGAUGACGCCCCCAGGGCUGUCUUCCCCUCCAUCGUUGGUCGCCCUCGUCACCAGGUAUGAUCGGCUCUCCGAAGACGCCUGCAACAGGCCCAUAUUACGCAAUUUGCCCCGUAAAUUCUUUAUUAUCCAUUAUCUAUCUAUGCGUUCCCACGUAAUGUUUUGACUGCAAUUAGGCUAUGCCACCAUAUAGGCCAAAGAGUCUCGUCUUUCUUCCAGGGUGUCAUGGUCGGUAUGGGUCAGAAGGACUCCUACGUAGGAGAUGAAGCUCAGAGCAAGAGAGGAAUCCUCACUCUUAAGUACCCCAUCGAGCACGGUAUCAUCACUAACUGGGACGAUAUGGAGAAGAUCUGGCACCACACCUUCUACAACGAGCUGCGUGUGGCCCCCGAGGAGCACCCCACCCUGCUCACUGAGGCCCCCCUGAACCCCAAGGCUAACCGUGAAAAGAUGACCCAGAUCAUGUUUGAGACCUUCAAUGUCCCCGCCAUGUAUGUUGCCAUCCAGGCUGUGCUGUCCCUGUACGCCUCCGGUCGUACCACUGGUAAGGAAUGUAGCGUGUGGCCUACAAUGUGUCUAUACAAUGAGUUCAGUCAACUGAAUAUUGACGUUUUCGUUUGUGUUAAAGGUAUCGUGCUGGACUCCGGUGAUGGUGUGACCCACAACGUGCCCAUCUAUGAAGGUUAUGCUCUUCCCCACGCCAUCAUGCGUCUGGAUCUGGCUGGUCGCGAUCUGACUGACUACCUCAUGAAGAUCCUCACUGAGCGUGGCUACUCUUUCGUCACAACUGGUGAGAUUUCGUUUGCAUUGUUUUACGCACCAGCAGAAUGACAUGCUUAAUCUGUAAAAAGCGCUAAAACGCUCAAGAUGUACGUAAUUGCAAUGAUUUGAUCCAUGUUCUGAGCAAAAAUACUUGUUCAUUACAGCCGAGCGUGAGAUCGUGCGUGACAUCAAGGAGAAGCUGUGCUAUGUGGCUCUGGACUUCGAGAACGAGAUGGCCACCGCCGCCUCCUCCUCCUCCCUGGAGAAGAGCUAUGAGCUUCCCGAUGGUCAGGUCAUCACCAUCGGUAACGAGCGUUUCCGUUGCCCAGAGACCCUCUUCCAGCCUUCCUUCAUUGGUAUGUAAUCAUCAUAUAACGAGUAAGGCUAAUUUAUAUGCCUAUUAUGUUGGUCAAAAUAGAGACGUGCUGUUUCUAAUACGGUAUAAUCUGAACAGGUAUGGAGUCUGCCGGUAUUCACGAGACCGCCUACAACAGCAUCAUGAAGUGCGACAUUGACAUCCGUAAGGACCUGUAUGCCAACAAUGUCCUGUCCGGUGGUACCACAAUGUACCCUGGUAUUGCUGACCGUAUGCAAAAGGAGAUCACCGCCCUGGCUCCCAGCACCAUGAAAAUCAAGGUAAUUAUAUGACAACCCAAUAACAAUAUUCUUAUUUAUACCUUCCAGUUUUUGUAAAAAAAAAAAAAAAAAAAAGAAACAUUUAGAUCUCAACAAUUAAAUAAAAUAUGUCAUGGUUUUUACUCAUAGUCAACUUCUUUCUCUAUAGAUCAUUGCCCCACCUGAGCGUAAAUACUCCGUCUGGAUCGGUGGCUCCAUCCUGGCUUCCCUGUCCACUUUCCAGGCCAUGUGGAUCAGCAAGCAGGAAUACGAUGAGGCAGGCCCCAGCAUUGUCCACCGCAAGUGCUUCUAA